AUGUUGAUUCAGAUUCCUCGCCUCACCAACUCCCUGAGAGACACCUUCGAUGUCGACCAGGCCUAUCUUCAUCGCAAAACCAUUCUCCACAACCAAAGACCUCGCAAUUCAGCAAGCUCGCUUGAUGAAUCGGAACUCGCGCGGAAGAUCGUGUACGGGUGGGAGGAAGCUUCAUCGGAAGUGCGGCAGGCCUACAAGCAAUUUAUAGGAGCAGUGGUGGACUUGGUUGAUGGAGAAAUGCGCUCUGAGGAGUUUCAUGAGGUGGCACUGGCUGUAUACCGUCUUUUUGGCAGGCUGGUUGCGGAGGAGGAGGAGGAUUAUACUGAUAGAAUUAUUUCUGAUAGAAAGUUAGAAUUGGAAAAACUUACUGGUCAUGCAAUUGCUGAUGCCAAGUUGAGGCAAGUUGCAUCUCUAGCGCAGAGACUUUUAAAUUUGCAGCCUAGCAGUAAAAACUCUACAAUUUCUUUGCAAAGAAAUCUAGAUGCUGACGAGGAUUUAGAAUUUGGAGCUGAUUUGGUUUUCCAAGCACCAGCUCGUUUCUUGGUUGAUGUAUCCUUAGAUAAUGAAGAUAUGAUGGAUUUCAAAAGCACAGCCUCUUUAGCAUUUCACCAAGAACAGUAUGAUUAUACAGUCCCAACAGAUCAGGCUGUUGUUGAAGGGGAAAAGUUCAACUUGACUUGGUUAAGAGAAGCAUGUGAUAAAAUAGUUAGGAAUUGUAAUUCACAGCUAUCCCGAGAUGAAUUGGCAAUGGCCAUUUGUAGGGUUCUUAAUUCAGAAAAGCUGGGCGAAGAGAUAGCUGGAGAUCUGUUGGAUCUUGUUGGUGAUAGUGCAUUUGAAACUGUGCAAAAUCUAUUAUUGCAUCGAAAGGAGAUUGUUGAUUCUAUUCAUCAUGGCUUAUUGGUAUUGAAGUCUGAUAAAAAUGCUUCAAAUGCUCAGUCUCGUAUGCCAAGUUAUGGAACACAGGUGACUGUUCAAACAGAAUCAGAAAAGCAAAUUGACAAGCUUCGACGCAAGGAGGAAAAGCGAAAUAGACGGGGAAUAGAACAUGCCGGUGAUGAUGACUUGUCUGCAUUGGAUUUCUUAUCUUUACUUCAAGCAAGUGAGAGGAAAAAAUUGUUUGAUGAGAUGAUUGGUUCUGGGGAUAGGUCCCAGUCAAUAGCUGUUACUGCUCUUCCUGAAGGAACUGUAAGGAAGCAUUUUAAGGGGUAUGAAGAAGUUAUCAUUCCCCCAAAGCCAACUGCACCAAUGAAACCUGGAGAAAAGCUGAUUGAGAUCAGGGAGUUAGAUGACUUUGCUCAAGCUGCGUUCCGUGGUUACAAGUCACUAAAUCGUAUUCAGAGCAGGAUAUUUCCAACUGUUUACGGAACUAAUGAGAAUAUUCUAGUGUGUGCUCCUACAGGAGCUGGCAAAACUAACAUAGCUAUGAUUUCAAUUCUACAUGAGAUUGGACAGCACUUCAGAGAUGGUUACUUGCACAAAGAUGAAUUUAAGAUAGUUUAUGUUGCUCCAAUGAAGGCUUUGGCUGCAGAGGUCACAUCAACAUUCAGCCAACGUUUAUCUCCUUUGAAUAUGAUUGUCAGAGAGCUUACUGGUGAUAUGCAGCUCUCUAAAAAUGAACUUGAAGAAACUCAGAUGAUAGUGACAACACCUGAGAAAUGGGAUGUCAUUACUCGCAAGAGUAGUGACAUGUCAUUGUCGAUGCUGGUGAAGCUCUUAAUCAUUGAUGAGGUCCAUCUACUUAAUGAUGAUAGAGGUCCUGUAAUAGAGGCUCUAGUCGCUAGAACCCUACGACAGGUGGAAUCUACUCAGACAAUGAUACGCAUUGUGGGGCUGUCUGCCACUCUUCCCAAUUACCUAGAGGUUGCACAAUUUCUCCGAGUAAAUCCAGAAACAGGUCUUUUCUUCUUUGAUUCUAGUUAUCGUCCAGUGCCUCUUGCACAACAAUAUAUUGGAAUCAGUGAGCCAAACUUUGCAGCUCGUAAUGAGUUGUUGAAUGAUAUAUGCUACACAAAGGUUGUUGAUUCUAUUAGGCAAGGGCAUCAGGCAAUGGUAUUUGUCCAUUCACGAAAAGACACUGUGAAGACAGCACAGAAGCUGGUUGAACUUGCACGAAGGAAUGAGGACUUGGAACUGUUUUGUAAUAAUACACAUCCGCAAUAUACCUUCAUGAAGAAAGAAGUCAUUAAAUCAAGAAACAAAGAUCUCGUUGAACUUUUUGAAUCUGGCAUGGGUGUACAUCAUGCUGGCAUGUUACGUGCAGAUAGAGGACUUACUGAGCGGCUUUUCUCUGAUGGACUUCUGAAGGUUCUUGUCUGUACAGCAACUCUGGCAUGGGGUGUCAAUCUACCUGCACACACAGUUGUCAUUAAGGGUACCCAAUUAUAUGAUCCAAAAGCUGGUGGGUGGCGAGACCUGGGUAUGCUUGAUGUUAUGCAGAUAUUUGGGCGAGCUGGGAGACCUCAGUUUGACAAGAGUGGUGAAGGUAUCAUAAUUACAUCUCAUGACAAACUAGCAUAUUAUCUGCGACUGCUGACAAGUCAACUCCCCAUAGAAAGCCAGUUUAUUAGCUCCUUGAAAGAUAAUUUAAAUGCAGAGGUGGCAUUGGGUACUGUAACUAAUGUUAAGGAAGCCUGUGCAUGGCUUGGCUAUACGUAUCUUUUCAUAAGAAUGAGGAUGAAUCCUUUGGCAUAUGGUAUUGGGUGGGAUGAGGUGAUGGCAGAUCCAGCUUUGAGUUCUAAGCAAAGAUCUCUUGUAAUUGAUGCUGCACGUGCACUUGAUAAAGCAAAAAUGAUGCGGUUUGAUGAGAAAAGUGGCAAUUUUUACUGUACUGAGCUUGGUCGCAUUGCAAGCCAUUUUUACAUUCAAUAUUCCAGUGUUGAAACAUACAAUGAGAUGUUGAGACGCCACAUGAAUGACAGUGAGGUGAUUAACAUGAUUGCGCAUUCUUCUGAAUUUGAGAAUAUUGCUGUUCGAGAAGAAGAACAGAAUGAGCUAGAGAUGUUGGCACGCACAUCAUGUCCAUUAGAAAUUAAGGGUGGUCCUUCCAACAAACAUGGAAAAAUUUCCAUUCUGAUUCAGUUGUACAUAUCUCGUGGUUCUAUAGAUUCUUUUUCGUUGGUAUCUGAUGCUGCGUACAUAUGUGCAAGCUUGGCUCGUAUAAUGCGGGCUUUAUUUGAGAUUUGCUUAAGAAGAGGCUGGUGCGAGAUGUCUUUGUUCAUGUUGGAAUAUUGCAAAGCUGUGGAUCGCCAAGUUUGGCCACAUCAACAUCCUCUUAGACAAUUUGACAAGGACCUUUCUGCAGAUAUAUUGCGGAAGCUUGAAGAACGGGGGGCUGACCUAGAUCGCCUGUUUGAGAUGGAGGAAAAAGACAUUGGGGCAUUAAUUCGUUAUGUGCCUGGAGGAAGGUUGGUCAAGCAAUACCUAGGGUAUUUUCCAUCACUUCAGUUAUCAGCAACUGUUAGUCCAAUCACCAGAACUGUGUUAAAGGUUGAUUUGGUUAUCAUGCCCAUUUUCAUUUGGAAAGAUCGUUUUCAUGGUACUGCUCAACGUUGGUGGAUUUUGGUAGAGGAUUCUGAGAAUGAUCACAUCUACCACUCAGAACUCUUUACCCUGACAAAGCGGAUGGCUAGGGGAGAACCUUACAAGCUUUCCUUCACUGUGCCUAUAUUUGAACCACAUCCACCACAAUAUUACAUUCAUGCCAUUUCUGAUUCCUGGCUUCAUGCAGAGGCAUUCUACACUAUUACUUUUCAUAAUUUACCAUUGCCAGAGGCUCGGACUGCUCACACUGAACUUCUUGAUUUAAAACCUCUUCCUGUGUCUUCCCUUGGCAACAGUGCCUAUGAAGCAUUAUAUAGAUUUUCACAUUUUAAUCCUAUACAAACACAGACUUUUCAUGUCUUGUAUCAUACGGACAAUAAUGUUCUGUUAGGAGCUCCAACUGGAAGUGGAAAAACUAUAUCUGCGGAACUUGCUAUGCUUCGACUCUUCAACACUCAGCCUGAUAUGAAGGUUAUUUAUAUAGCACCUUUGAAAGCUAUUGUUAGAGAAAGAAUGAGUGAUUGGCAAAAGCGACUUGUCUCUCAGCUAGGGAAAAAGAUGGUUGAAAUGACUGGAGACUAUACUCCUGAUUUGAUGGCUCUCUUGUCAGCAAAUAUCAUCAUAUCUACCCCUGAAAAAUGGGAUGGUAUAAGUCGAAAUUGGCAUAGUCGUAGCUAUGUCACAAAGGUUGGACUUGUGAUAUUGGAUGAGAUUCACUUAUUAGGAGCUGAUCGUGGGCCUAUCCUUGAGGUUAUUGUUUCUAGGAUGAGAUAUAUAUCAUCUCAAACAGAGCGUGCAGUACGGUUUAUAGGCCUUUCUACAGCUCUAGCUAAUGCUGGUGAUCUAGCUGAUUGGUUAGGCGUUGAGGAGAUAGGACUCUUCAAUUUCAAGCCAAGUGUGAGGCCCGUCCCUCUAGAAGUUCAUAUUCAGGGAUAUCCUGGAAAGUAUUACUGCCCGAGGAUGAACAGUAUGAAUAAACCAGCAUAUGCUGCAAUAUGCACACAUUCACCUGCAAAACCAGUCCUUAUAUUUGUCUCAUCACGACGCCAGACAAGACUUACUGCACUUGACCUAAUUCAGUUUGCCGCAUCAGAUGAACAUCCAAGGCAGUUCCUUGAUUUGCCAGAAGAAGAACUGCAGAUGGUUCUGUCUCAAGUCUCUGACCAAAACUUGCGGCAUACUUUACAAUUUGGCAUUGGAUUACACCAUGCAGGCUUGAAUGACAAAGACAGAUCUCUGGUCGAGGAACUUUUUGCAAACAACAAGAUUCAGAUAUUGGUUUGUACCAGCACAUUGGCUUGGGGUGUGAAUCUUCCAGCUCAUCUAGUGAUUAUCAAGGGGACAGAAUACUAUGAUGGAAAAUCGAAAAGGUACGUUGAUUUUCCAAUCACUGAUAUUUUGCAAAUGAUGGGUCGUGCUGGCCGGCCUCAAUUUGAUCAACAUGGGAAAGCUGUGAUUCUUGUUCACGAACCCAAGAAGAGCUUCUAUAAAAAGUUCUUGUAUGAACCCUUUCCUGUUGAGAGUAGUUUGAAGGUGCAGUUGCAUGAUCACAUUAAUGCUGAGAUUAUUUCUGGAACAAUUGCCCAUAAACAAGAUGCGGUGCAUUAUCUUACAUGGACUUACUUAUUUCGCAGACUGAUGGUCAAUCCUGCAUAUUAUGGACUGGAGAAUGCAGAACCUGAAUUUCUAAGUUCAUAUUUGUCUAGUCUAGUACAGAGCACAUUUGAAGAUUUGGAAGACAGUGGAUGCAUACAGAUGAAUGAAGACAAGGUGGAACCCAUGAUGUUGGGUUCAAUUGCUUCUCAGUAUUACCUCAGUUACAUGACUGUAUCGAUGUUUGGUUCAAACAUAGGACCGGAUACAUCACUUGAAGUCUUUUUGCAUAUUUUAUCUGCUGCUUCUGAAUUUGAUGAACUUCCUGUGCGUCAUAAUGAGGAAAAAUACAAUGAAGCACUGUCUGAGAAAAUUAAAUAUCCAGUGGAUAAGAACCGUCUAGAUGACCCCCAUAUCAAAGCAAAUCUUCUAUUUCAGGCUCAUUUUUCUCAAUUGGAGUUACCAAUUAGUGACUAUGUCACCGACUUGAAAUCAGUACUAGAUCAGAGUAUACGCAUUAUUCAGGCCAUGAUUGAUAUAUGUGCUAACAGUGGUUGGCUUUCAAGCUCAAUUACUUGCAUGCAUCUUCUGCAAAUGGUCAUGCAGGGUUUGUGGUUGGACAAGGACUCAUCCUUAUGGAUGUUGCCAUGCAUGAAUGCUGAUCUUAUAAGUUCUCUUGGCAGAAGAGGAAUUUCUAGUGUACAGGAAUUAUUUGACAUUCCCAAGGCAGCACUGCAGACUGUAACUGCAAAUUUCCCGGCUUCAAGAUUGUAUCAGGAUCUACAGCAUUUCCCUCACGUUAAAAUGAAAUUAAAGCUUCAGAGGAGGGACACUGAUGGUGAGAGGUCCCACACAUUAUAUAUCAGAUUAGAGAAGACCAAUUCUAGACGACAUUCUUCUAGAGCAUUUGUACCUCGAUUUCCUAAGAUAAAAGAGGAACAAUGGUGGUUGGUUCUUGGUAAUACUGCUACGUCUGAGCUAUAUGCUUUGAAAAGAGUUUCAUUUUCUGAUCAGUUGGUUACUUCCAUGAAGUUGCCUCAAACUCCAGCUAAUCUUCAGGGCAUGAAAUUGAUUUUGGUCUCCGACUGCUACGUUGGAUUUGAACAAGAACACUCCAUUGAAGAACUUCUAUGUUAGCCAAUAGCAGGGCUUCUACUUAGUGGAGCCAUCAUUGGUGGCUAGCAUUGUACAUACUGUAUAAGAUGUUGGGUUAUAUUUAUUCUCACAGUAAAUUUUUCUCUCUAUUACAUCACUCAUCUAAUCGCUCCUGUUCUUAUGUUUCCCUAAUUUGUAAAACACUAGAACAAAUAUGUCGUAGACAUAGCAUUUCUAUAAGAUGUACCGUUUAAGGAGAUUUUUUCUUUGUUGAUGUGGGGUUGAGAGUUGCCUACGUUGUACGAAAAAUCUAUGCUUUUGUAACUGGACUAGUAUUUGGCUUCAAUUAGUCAGUGUAAACGUCACUAUCCAUAGGAUUUGCUAUUGCAUUUAAAAUUGUACCGUAGAUAAUCAAUCAUAAUGCACCGGUUUCCGGAUAUCUUUUGUUUUUAGUCAUGUCACCGUUUGUAUAAAUAAAGGGACUACACUGACUGGUCCUUGCCUGGGAUUUGAUCAAAUCAAAUAUUCCUAAAUAUUUAAAGUAGGCCGAAAUAUGUCUUAACAUCUGUAACUUUGUGAAGGAAUUAAUCUCAUUAAGCAUAAGAAAUCCAGCAUCUCUCAUGUGUAAAUCGCAUUAUUUAAUGGGAUAGUCUUCUCCCUGCAGAAAGUCCAUAAACCACUUCCUAUGACGUUCAUGCACAUAUAGUUAAGGAAUCGGAAAGAAAUAGUAACAUCAACUGCUGACGUGGAAAAAAUAUGCUACAAAAGUUAUGUAAAGAAAUGGAAGAUAUGAACAUCAGAACACAGUGACAUCUAAAUUCCACAAAAGUAUGCUGGAUUACCAAUUGCCAAAACCUGAUCCAAUUCCGGGUGGCCUACAUGCAAACAAUAAACUGCUCUGGAGACAAAAAUAACUUUAAAUAGAGAGAGAGAAACAAAACAAUGAAAUUGUGGAAUGAUUGCUUCGCUGCAAAGGUUGCAAGGUAGAAAAUAAAUAACAUAUUAAGGUGUGUUUGAGUAAGCUGAAUAAUUGAGUGUUUAUUUAUUAAGCUUUUUCCAUAUGAAAGUUUAUGGCGUGAAUUUGAUCAUAUAUCUUAGUGGAAUAAGCUGAAAAUAGUUUGUUCUAUGAAGUUGAAAUGAGUUUAUUAAAGUUAGUUAUAAUAAAAACAUAUAAACUAUUUUUGUAAGUUCUUCGUGAACUGUUCUAAACUCAUUAUUAGACGUUACACUUGUGUCAAUUUUUUUCUUUAUUUGAAGAAAUAUGCAAAUAAAACAAAUCUUUAUGUUGCAGUUUGCAACAAGCAAUACUCGAAUUGUCCACAAACUCCACUUAAUUUUGAGUGCUUCCAACAUUGUGAUGGAAUAGAACCCUAAAUUCAAAAUUAAAGCAUAAUAAGGAAUUAGGUAGAGAAAUUUAAAGGUAGUCUGAUGCAAAAGUUGUGAAACUUAAAAAAGUAGGUAAUGUCCAACCAACUCAAUAGAACAUAAAACACUUUUUCUGUAUGGCAUCAUCUACAAAAGGUAAUGUUGUUUAAGCUAGAAUCGUCCGCAACAUGGUGAAAUUAACUUUUUCUGACAAUUUGUUUUUUCAUAUGUAGAAAUCAAGCAUGUACCACUUGUCAGGCAGAUAGUUUGCCUAAUCAAAGACUUACAUUGUAAACAAAAAGGUAGAAUUAAAGACUCGAGGCAAGAGAUUUUGAGGUUGAUGUGGAUACAAGUUGAAAAUUUUUUCACUCAAAGCAUAUGAAAGCAUCCUAUUAAUGAGGUAAAAAGUAAUAAGGACAACGUCACUCCAAAAUGAUGGAGAACAUGAACAUAAAGCUUAUAAGAAGUUUCAAAAAGAUGUCUAUUUUUAAGUUCAACAAUCCUAUUUUCUUCCAGAGUAGGAGGACAAGACAUUUGAUGAAGAAUCUCAUGCAAGGGCAUAAAACUAUAAAAGGAAGUAGAUAAAUAUUUUUUGGAAUUAUCAUUUGAUAAAAUACAAAUCAAAAUGCUAAAUUGAGUUUUUAUUUCAUUAUAAAAAGAAUGAAAGAUAAAAGGCAGAUUAAAAUAAUCUUUUAUUAAAUAAAAUCAAGUACAGAAAAAUCAUCAAUAAAAAUGUCAAAGUAUUUUGAUCCUAAACUAUAAACUACACAGCUAAAAUUCCAAACAUCUUAAUGAAUUAAAACAAAGAGAGAUAAAGCUCAAUUAAUAACAUGACUAGGAAUAGCACUACCGACAUGUUUACCUAAUCUAUAUGAUUCACACAACAUUAGCAGCAGCCUAGUUAAGCAUGAAUCAUUAGUGGAGUGUCCAUUGUUGAACCAAUUUGAGAGGUUUGUUGGAUCUGGUAUAAACCCUGGGACUCACAUUUGAACCCAAUCAUCCUAUCCAAAUAUUGAUCUUGUAAGGUGAUAACUCUAUAUUUUGUUGGAUUUUUAGUUAGUUUUCUAGUAUUUUUUUAAUAGAAAUUUGUAGUUUGGAAGAUUAAAUUCUAGUUUCUACCUGUAUCAUGAGAUCAAUGGCAUUCUUUUCCUUUAGAUUUAUAGUUUCACAACAACAAAAAAGUCAACCAAAAAUAAGAAACUCACAUAUUUCAAAGACAAGCAUAAUUUCUUUCUACGGGUCAAAGAGCGUCACUUCCCAAUAUAUAUUUAGUGGAAAAAUCCUAACUAUUUUAUUUUAAGUCCAAAAAUUAUGAAACCAAUGAGAAUAUUUUCCUUUAAGUGU